AUGGCUGAGGACGCAAAGCCGGACGCCUUGAGCGAGAUCCCCUCCAAUGGGAAGGGCAAAGAGGUGGCCGACGCCUCUGAUAGCGAGGGCGGCUCCGACGACGAGACACAUGCCCCCGAUGCUUCCACAGCAGCGGACGCUGGCAGCGCAGCAGCAGCGGGAAGCGGCGGCAAGAAGAAGAAGAACAAGAAGAAGAAGGGCAAGGCGGCCACGCUCGCUGAUGCCGAGUCGCAGCUGAAGAAGACCAUCUCCAGCCUUCCAGCCGACCAGGUGGCCGAGCUGCUCAAGCUCAACCCCGCGAUCUCGCAGGAGAUUGCCGACAAAGCGGGUGCCUCUGUAUCGACGGCCAGCGGCAGCGGCAGCGGCAGCGGUGGCGACGGCGAGCCGAAAAUCAGUGCCGAAGCCGCCCUGGCCGCGCUGAAGCGGAUGAACCUGGCCGAGAUCAUGACGGGCAUGGCUGCCAGUGGCAAGAAUGCAAAGGACAUGGCGAGCUACAAGUUCUGGCAGACGCAGCCCGUGCCCAAGUUUGGCGAGGACGAGGCCGGCGCCGGUAAGAAGAAGAGCGUGGCCGAGGGCCCCAUCCAGGCAAUGACAGUCGACGACGUGCCCAAGGAGCGGCCGCCCCUGGUGGACGGCUUCGAGUGGGACACGGUGGACCUGACCGACGACGUGCAGCUCCAGGAAGUGUUUGAUCUGCUUAUGGGCCAUUUCGUGGAGGACGGCGAGGCCAUGUUCCGCUUCCGCUACUCCAAGUCGAUCCUGAAGUGGGCCAUGAUGUCGCCCGGCUGGAAGAAGGCGUGGCACAUUGGCGUGCGCGCCACGCAGUCGCGCAAGCUCGUGGCCUUCAUUUCGGCCAUCCCGCUGGAGCUGCGCGUCCGCACGGCCGUGCUGCACGCCUCCGAGGUCAACUUCCUGGUCAUCCACAAGAAGCUGCGCUCCAAGCGCCUGGCACCCAUCCUGAUCAAGGAGAUUACCCGCCUGUGCAACCUCGAGGGCGUCUGGCAGGCGCUGUACACGGCCGGCGUGGUCCUGCCCAAGCCCGUCAGCACCUCCCGCUACUACCACCGCUCGCUCGACUGGCAGAAGCUGUACGAGGUCGGCUUCAGCCCGCUGCCGCCCAACAGCAAGCCGCAGUUCCAGGUGCGCAAGUACGCGCUGCCCGACCGCACCAAGACCAAGGGCCUGCGCGACAUGGUCGCCGGCGACAUUGACGCCGUCCAGGACCUGCUGACGCGCUACCUGCAGCGCUUCGACAUGGCCAUGGAAUUUACCAAGGAGGAGGUCGACCACUGGCUGCUCGACAAGCGGCUGCCGGGCGACGAGCAGGUCGUGUACACGUACGUCGUGGAGGACGAAAAGACCAAGAAAAUCACCGACAUGUUCUCCUUCUACUGCCUCGACUCGUCCGUCAUCAACAACCCGCGCCACAACGUCAUCCGCGCCGCCUAUCUCUUCUACUAUGCGACCGAAACCGGCCUCACCACGCCCUUUGACAAGCCGGCGCUCAAGCUGCGGCUCAACGAGCUGAUGAGCGAUGCGCUCAUCCUGGCCAAGAAGAACCGCUUCGACGUGUUCAAUGCGCUGUCCAUCAUGGACAAUGCACUGUUCCUGGAGCAGCAAAAGUACGGCCCCGGUGACGGCCAGCUGCACUACUACCUGUUCAACUACCGUGCUGCCCAGAUAGCCGGUGGUGUCGACCGGAACAACCGUCUGGACGAAGACAAGCUGAGCGGAAUUGGCUUUGUGAUGAUGUAA